AUGUCUGAUUCAGGAUACUCAACAGAUGAGGAUGUCGAUAAUAAUUCCUCAUCUGUUUCCAGAAUACUAGACGCGCUGCUAACACCCUUUCGCGCCCUCGUGUCAAAGCAAGCUCUGAAGGCGUAUUUGGGUACUUUUCUCUUUAUUUGCACAUCCCUUUUUAUGAUUUGCGUCUCGACAGUGGCCUACUGGAUCUUCUACUACAAAUUCAUCCCGCAAGUUGGACUGGAGCGCACUGUCCAUUUGCAAUUUGGCGAUGGCCAUCCUUGGGGUGCCGCCUCCGUGGGCUCUCAAUUGGUAUCGCUGCAGCCAUACGAUGUGACCAUCAAGCUGGAAUUGCCGCGUACACCCUCGAAUCUCGACGCCGGGAACUUCAUGCUCGAUUUGACUCUUUUCUCCCAUCCGUCUACCUCCGUUUUGACCGGCGCAAACACCUCUAUAGCUCCUAUUUCGCACUCCCGUCGCCCUGCCAUCCUGACGUAUGCCUCGCCGAUGGUGGACACUGCGAGUAGGCUCUCACUCAUGCCGCUCUAUGUGGUCGGCUGGCACAGAGAAGCGGAGGAAGUGGAAGUACAGAUGAUGGAAAGGGUUGAAUUCCCUCGUGGGUGGCGCAACUUGCCGGAAACAUUACGCCUUGAAAUUCAGAGUCAUGAACGAAUGCAAAUAUAUGACGCGAAGGUGGAAUUCAAGGCUAGAUUUACUGGGUUACGCUGGAUCAUGUACAACUGGAGACUAUCUUCCUUCUUCGUCUUCACCUUCAUGUUCUGGAGUGUCUCCGUGAUCUCGACAGGCGUGGUCUGGUUCAUCCUGGCAGUUUUAUUCAGCACUAACAAUGGCGGAAGUGAUGAAUCAUUGAUAAAGGGUACUAGCGAUCGCACUCCAAUAAAAGAAGAAAGUGACGAUGAGUCGCUCGACGAUGUAUCUCCACACGAUCUCUCUGGCACCAACCCAUCGCAGAUAAAAAGGAUCAAGACAGAGCAUCAUGAGGAAGAGUCAAAACCGGAUUAUCUUCUGAGCCAACCGCAUGGUGAAGGCGAUUAUUCACAGGGAGACGGCGGCGAAGGUUCAUCUCGGGCUGCUGGUGCUGGGACUGGUUUGGAGAGCGCUGAAGCUCGAGGAGUUCAGAGACGGCGCAGUCAUCUAAUCAAAGAGGAGGAUGAGGAUUCUUAA